AAAGGAUAAAAAGUUCACGAAAUCACUCACAAAAGGAAAUUUACUAAACCUUUACUAAACCUAAACAUUUACUCUACCAUAAACGAAUUUACCAAUAGAAUUCUGAAAAUUAUAUUCUCAAUCUCAUUCGUACUCAAAGAUCAGUUCUAUGGAUAUAAUGUCUACGAGAAUGGAAAGUGGGUGGGAGUGACUUACAGCUCCAGGUAACGGUACCUGGUCCCGGGGAAGGGGGAAAGAAAGCAGACAGCCUUCCGUGCAAUGCUCCUUCUCGAAACAGGAAUGAAGGAAGGCGUGUGAUUCUGAUAAACGUCAAGAACCGAUCUUUGAGGAUCUCAGGAUCCCGAAAAAACGGCAAUAAUGAAUCUAUACAGCAGUAACAAGUUUACAAUUGUUUUCGUCAUCCUGUCUCUCGCAAUAUCUACAGAAGCCCUAAAACGAUGCUUUACCUGCCGAUCCCGAGGUGACCAAGGUUCUUGCAAAGAUCCUUUCAAAAUUAAUGCAACCAUGGUUGAAAUGGAACGUGGAGUUGAUGCUGUUCCUUGUGCAUCUGGUUGGUGUGGCAAAUUCCUUGAAGGUGGAACAACUUAUAAAGAUGAUGAUUAUGGAGUAGCAACACAACGUCUCUGCCUGCAACGAGGUCCAUCAGAUGAUGAGGAGCGCUGUGAUUACACUGUGUGGAAUCACAAAAAAGUGUAUAUGUGCUUCUGCAAAGGAGACUUAUGUAAUCACAGCCCUGUUUCUGCUACAGCACCUCUCUCAUUAAUAAUUCUGGGAUUGGGAAUUUUAUUAAAAAUGUAAAAAUUUGUUUAAAUAGGUCUGAAAAUUAAUAGUCAUGUAUUUCUACAGGAACUGAAUUAUCAACAAUUUGAAAACUAUUGUAUGUCAAAUGAUGUGACAUUUCCAUAAAUGACAAUAAAAGUCUAUGAAAUAUAUAGUAGAAAUAGGAAUAUUAUGAAAAUGCUAGUACUUGCCAAUUUUUAGUGCAGACAUUUUUACAAAGAUGCUAUUUCUGAAUAACUGUGGUUAUCAUUUGUUUUACUCCCUAUUACAAUGAAAACAAAACAAUUACAAUGAAUGUUUUUUUCCCCUCACGUCAUAUACUACAACUUAUAAGAUAAAUUUAAAAAUAAAUAUCUGAAUAUUUCAAAUUCUUUAGUUAUAUUUUAACAAUAUUUUUGUUAGCAUUGGCUGUGUCUUGUAAAAAUAUAAUAUUAAUGUAUGAAUGAGUAGAAAAUCAAGACUUGAAAAUAUUAGUGAGAGUAUCCAUUUUUGACAUUGAUAUGAUAUGUACAAAGUUGGAAUGAUAUCUGACUUUGCAUUGUAAGGUAUAAACGUUUCUUAUGCAUAGGCGUGUGCAGCCUAAAACAAGAGGGGAUCUGGCAACUACAUUUCUGGACUUCUUUUUCUAUUAAACUUUUUUACUUACAUGUGACAUAUUUCACGAAUAAAGUAAAUAAACAAACCAUUCUACAAGGAGAAUGCAAUUAUGACUUUAAUGAUAAAAUAAAAUGGACUUGAUUUUUUGUUGAAUUAAAUAAUUUUUGAUUGAAUCAUUUACAGGGUUGCCUGAUAGCUUUGGACAGCCUCUUCCCCAAAUGUCAUAUAACAAUUCUCCACAUUGCUGGGUUAAAAGGGGAAAAUCAGAAAUUGAACAUAUUUAUAAUAUUUUGAAUAUUUUAUAUUUAAUUAAUGUAAUAUAUUUAAUAUUUUAUCACGUAAAGCUACAGGGUCCCUUUCAAAAUUUUCAGGGGGGUGGCCAUGCCCUCCACCCUACCUGGCCCCCCUUGUGCACAUGCCUAUGUUCAUAUGAGAUGGAAUAUGUGGUAUGAACCUUUGGAAUGUGUUACCAAUGAUUUCAACAAAACCUGAGAAUGUGUGUACAAAAUAAAAUACUCUAUUUUCCCAAGGAAUUUUCCUAGAGGAAAAGUGUUUUAUGAUAGGUUGUUCUAUGAACUGUGUCAGUUUUGGAGUCCAAUAAGAUUGCUGUCACCAUUAAACUGAGAGCUUAAUCUUUGAUACCCCAUAGAGAGUACGUAUUCCUUUGUGAAUGACUAUUGAGUAAACAAUAACAUUAUAUUUCCAGCAUAAAUCGUAUCUUUUCAUUAUGUGAAAAGAAGGAAAUAUUUUUCCUACAAUUAUUUUGUGCCUUAUUAAAAGUCAUGUUUUCAGAUAUUAGUGACUUCUACUGAAGCGUUAUAGAGAUAAAAUACUUUUGUAUUGCAAAUUAUCUUCAAAUAUAACAAAUAUUACAAACAAGCCAUAUUUCAUUAAUAAAUUUUGCAGGAUUAUAACUGUGACUUCUUUUCUUAAAUUACCUCACUUUAUC